AUGGCUUCUGAACAAGAAAUUCUUGCCUCUUAUCCACAAGUGUCUGCUCCUUCUGGCCAGACAGGGUAUACGUCAACUUUAACCGACGAACAAAGACAGAUCUUGGCGGAAUUCAGAUCAAACUUGGAAAAACUUGGAUACACCGAACGUCUAGAUGACGCCAACUUGCUCCGUUUUUUGAGAGCUAGAAAGUUUGUUUUGGAAAAGGCCACGGCUAUGUUCGUCGACUGUGAGACCUGGAGAAAGAACUACGGAACAGACACCAUCUUGCAAGAUUUCCAUUACACCGAGAAGCCACUCGUAGCCAAGAUGUACCCUCAAUAUUACCAUAAGACAGAUAUUGAUGGUCGUCCUGUGUACUUUGAGGAGUUGGGAAAGGUGUACUUGCCAGAUAUGUUGAAGGUCACGACGCAAGAGAGAAUGUUGAAGAACUUAGUGUGGGAAUAUGAGCUGUUCACUAAAUACAGAGUACCAGCAUGCUCCAGGAAACAGGGCAGCUUGGUCGAAACUUCCUGUACCAUCAUGGACUUGAAAGGAAUCUCGAUUUCUGCAGCGUAUCAAGUUGUCGGAUAUGUCAAAGAGGCAUCCAAGAUUGGGCAAGACUACUAUCCUGAAAGAAUGGGAAAGUUUUAUUGUAUCAAUGCUCCAUUUGGAUUCUCUACUGCUUUUAAGUUAUUUAAGGCCUUUUUAGACCCUGUGACUGUGUCCAAAAUCCAUAUCUUGGGCUCAUCAUACAAGAAAGAAUUGCUCAAGCAAAUUCCCGCUGAAAACUUGCCCAAGAAAUUUGGUGGAGAGUCAGACGUCACCGAGGAACAGUUAUAUUUGAAUGAUUACGGUCCUUGGAGAGAUCCUCAAUUCAUUGGCCCCGAGGGUGAGGCUCCACGGGCAUUUGAAUGA